UUUGCGCUUAGUGUUUACUAUAGUUAGCGGUAGUGCUUCAAAAGGUCUGCUAUUUUCUCAUUUAAAAUGUCAGCUUUUCGCUAUACACACGCCAUCGUGUGUAGAAUACCCGAUUCCUACAAGACAAAUGCCUUAGGGGUUACCUCGCCCAUUGACCUGCCGAAGGCAAGGAAACAGCACGAAAGCUAUGUGGCAGCUUUGAGGGAAAUUGGUCUUGAUGUUAUUGAGCUGCCUGCAGAUGAGACUCACCCAGAUUGUGUGUUUGUUGAAGAUAUAGCUGUGGUUUGUAAUGGAACGGCAUUAUUAACAAGGCCAGCGCACCCUUCUCGAGAAAAGGAGGUGGACUACAUGAGAUCCAUAUUGAAAAAUGAAUUGGAACUCCCAGUUGUAGAAAUCUCAGAUAAAUCAGCUACAUUGGAAGGAGGGGAUGUACUCUUUACAGGCAAAGAAUUCUUUGUUGGGCUCUCAGGACGGACCAAUCAGGCCGGCGCUUGUGCUUUAGCAUCAGCUUUUCCUGAGUUCCCAUGCACUCCAAUCAAAGUUGACAAUCACUUACAUCUGAAGUCCAUGUUAACCAUGGCUGGACCAGAUGUGAUCUGCGUGGCUAGUGCACCUGAAGCCAAAGAUGCAUUGAAGCGAAUUGAAAGAGAGGCAACUUUCAGAUACCAGACGCUUACUGUCCCCGACACCUGUGCAGCGAAUGUUGUCUUUGCCAAUGGUGUUCUACUGCACCGCAGCAAAAAUGAAUAUCCUGAAUCAGCUAAAAUCUUUGAGGAAAAGCUGUCGCACUGGACCCUAAAGGGCUUGGACCUCUCAGAGAUGGAGAAAGCUGUGGGGUGCCUCACAUGCUGCUCCAUUCUUAUACGUAAAACUCGACACCUCAAGAACAUUAUGUGAGACCAUGUGAUAGAUGUGCACAAUAUCGUUAGGGAGAAGAAAGGUUAUAUUUUUAGUCAUGCAAGUUCUAAACUUAUUUGUUUUUUUAAAAGACAGCUGCUGUUAAGUAUUGUGUAUGUUGUUAUGACUGCAAAGUGGAAGAUGAUUGUAUUGUUGGCACACAUUCAGGAUGGAGUUUAAGGGUUGCACAAUCUCUCUCUCAUAAUUUUGGUUCUCAAAAACUCAUGUUUGUCUCCAAAAGAAGACUUUGCAUUUUUCAUUAUAUAUUUGAGACAUUUUGCAUUGCAGUUAUGUUACAGGUAGAUAUCAAGCAUGUAGUUACUUUGUUAGACCUCAUGUUCUCGGAGAAUUCUGAACGAUAAUUGAACUUUAAUUACUGUAUGUCCCAUUUAUGAUGUCCUAAUUUGUGUUACUGAUUUAGAGUAGUAGAUUAUUGAUAGCUACUAUCAAUGCUAAACGAAACACUUAACAAUGUAUGUGGUGAAGGGAAAACAAAAAGAUGCCCUAAGAUAUUUUUAUGGUUCAGAGGAGCAGUGCAGUCAUGCACUCAGAGGUGGAAAGACUAUAACUAACAGGCUAGUUUGCGCCUUAACUGGAGAAGCUCAGAGAUAUUUUUAUACAGGAUAAAUAAUUUUGUUGUAAAAUAAUGUAUAUAUAACCUAGUGGCUAUUGUACAUACCCAUAUCAACAUUGUAGUUUGUUGUGUAAAAAAAAAAUAGGAAUGUAUACAUAAUGCCUAGCCCAUCAAAGGAAUUGGCCUGGGCAUCUUAUCACAUUUUCCUGUGUUGUUGGAAGUGUUAAGGAUACUGAACACUGGAAUGAAUUGAAAAAGGGUGCGGGGCACCCUGUGGAAAUGGCUUUUGGCACGUGACUGCACGUGUAUCAGCAUAUCAGCCACGUUGUAGAGAGACGUGCGGGUCUAUCUUGUUGCUGCCACAAAAUGGCCUGUGGUUAUUUUGAUAUGGAGGUAGAUGAAAAUGUCUUAGAUUUGUGUCAUUUGUCCAAAAAUGAGUCAAGGCCUUUAUAUUACCUAUGCAAUCUUAACUGCUUAAUCAUCUGGAGAAGAUUUUGUCUUCAGCCACAGUCUUUGUGUAAAAAUUCUUUUAUUUUUGUCUUCCUAAGUAACCAUGUACUGUACUGUAAAUUUUAACAUCUUAUAAUUGACUUGGUAAAUAAGUGAUUGAAAUUUGAAUUAGAAAACCAGUAGCCUUUUAAAGAUUUUUCAUAUUUACAGUUAGUUCUCUAGCUUUUACAUUUUUACUAAUCUCUUAGAAGUAGAUACAUAGCUAGAAAAGUGUUCUUAACAAAUUCCUAGUUUUAACAUGAUUGGAUGAGAAACCUAGCUAGAAAAGUGUUCUUAGUGAAUUCCUAGUUUUAACAUGAUCGGAUGAGAAACCAAACGUUGUGGGGAAAGUUGAUGUCGGAACUGUACUGCAUAAAAUGGAGUUAUUUAUAAACUGUUCUGCUGCCUCUCUCUUUUGAUGUUUGGUCUUCAGAAGGUUGAAUCUGUAUGUAGGUUGUGGCAGUCAGUUCUGUCUUUGACAUAGGUGCUAUUUGUCCUUAUAUAAUUUUUUUUAUUAGUUUCACUUGUGUUUUUAUUUUUAAGCUGGCUUCUUUUCAUAAACUUUACAGUGAGCUUCUUGAGGAUGGUUUCACCUGUUAUAAUUGAAAGGGAUGUAACUUAAACCUUUCAUUAUAUUCAUGAUUUUAUUUUUACUUGGUGUUCACUUGGAGCACAUUAUUUCUUCUUUGCCAAGUGCUAGCUUGGAAGAUCAAGCUGUUAAAUUCUUGUUUAAAUGUUAUUGUUAUGCUGUUCAGAUCCCCUUCUUGCAUGUGGCAACAUGUAUUCUGGGAACGAUUGAGGGUUGGGUAAAUGCUUUGCUGGUCUUUUGAGGUGCUGUGCAUUGAAGUUACUUAAAACAGUGUAUGAGAUAAACUUGCCUAUCACCCCGUUCCUAUGUUAAGCCAUUGGGCAGGUCAAAUUAUGGGGUUGCCUACUUUUUCCUUACUGCAUGAAAGCAGUUCUCUACAAGGUUACACUCGGAGAUAAUACUUGUCGAACAAGUGUUGCGAGUACUCCAAGCUUGAACAGUGAGUGUCUAAUUCCCGGUGGUAUUUCCAAGUGGCUCCGGGAGGAAAUGUGAGUUUAGGAGGCUGCAAUAAUCCUUAUUCACAGGAGUCAAACAUAGUGAAUGAAAUUCCCUUUUGUUUUUCAUUUAGAAUGAAUUACUGUAACAUGCAGUAUUCUAAUCACUUUGGCUGUAAAUCUUUCAUUUAAUGUAAUUUACAUUAUCAUUUUAUUCCAACUUUAUCAGCUUUUGCAUACUAAUUCCUAUCUUUCCUAUAUACAGUAUAUUUAUACUGAAGGCCCAUUCAAAACUAAUGUAAUAGUAAUGUAACUGUUAUUGCUGUUGCUACAUCUGAUUAAGACUCAUAAUCAAAGCAUUUGCACAAAUCCUGAACAUUUGUGCAGUAAAUGUUGCUCAUUUGAGUGAUAAUGAGUGGGACAGUGAAUCUUUUUUUUGUCAAGUUGAUUUAAAAAUGGUGAUAUUCGGUGAUAUUCACCACAGCUGAUCAAGGAAAUGCAGGAAUGAGAAAUCUUCAUGCCUUUAACAUUCCAUUAUUUCAUUGCGGGUGUUGUGUUCCUUGUCAAGCAAAGUCUGAUUACUAUAAUUGAAGUUGGCUUACUAACCUUUUUUUAAGGUUCUGUGCCCUUGAAUCAAAGAAAGAUUUUGCUUUGCUGAAGUAUUUAGACUUAAGAAAAUGUUGUAAAAUGUUCACCAGUUGAUAAGGUGUCAAACGCAAUUAUGGCUGACAUUUUAUUGUUAUGAAUGAUUAGUUUAUCGAGACCUCUGAGCCUAAUAAAGGCUCUUCUCUGGCUGGCAUAUAUGCAUCAUUAUGUUUCUGCUAGGAAGCUUCAGGAUAUUAUAUAGCUGUCAUCAUGUUAAUGGUGCUGAAAUUCAGAUCAAUGGUUAUGAGACAAUACAUUUUUAUGCAAUGGUUACAUUGAUAUGUGACAGAACGGCCUCAUGGGAAGGAAUCUCAACUUUAAAGAAAUGAAAGUUUGUCUUGGUUAUUCUUUCUCAGCUAAGCAUGUUGGGUUAUUCUGUCUCGAUAAAGCUUGCUGCAGUUGUUGGAUAGACAUUCUUUGGUUUUUAUGACCAUGAUGUAGAUGGAAUGGUAAUUAUGAUUAUGUAUGUUAUUAGAUCUGUAUGCUGAGAUUAUCUGUACAGUGGACAGGCAGUAUGUUGAUUUUUCUUGUAGGCUUCCAACCAGUCACCAUAAUAAAUUUCAUGUAAGAGUACAAAAGGGGGAGCUGAUGUUAUUAUUAUUUUUAUUAUUAUUAUUAUUAUUUUUAUUAUUAUUGCAGCAUACUCAGGAUUCACAUGAGAAAUACAGAUCUUAGUAGUAGUAAAUUCAUGGUCACAGUUUUCACACUUGAAACAAAACCCUCCAGUGAACCCAAAAAUAUAUUAAAUUUUGUUCAUAGUCAUUUGGUCAAUAGAUACAGUAUGUUUCUUCACAUUUUGAUGAUUGGAACUAAGGUCCAAAGUAUUUUACACACCUAUGAUUGAGUUUUAUUGUUGCGAUGCUGUAUGUUUUAAUAAACUGUUACUUUGGUAAUCAGUGACACUAAUUACAGAAGUUACAGUAAGCAUGAGACAGACAGCACUUGGAACAAUUGUUCAUGAUAGAAUAUCUAUCUGCACAAAUAUAAAAAAGUAGUGAAUAGAGGAUUAGCAACUGGGAUAAAGAGGAAGGAUGCUAUGCAAUGCAUUGUACACCAUAUAUAUUAUGUACUGCUUUUGUGUAAAUCUCUUUCCCAUGACUCAUAAUACCUGGGUUAAUGCAUGCAAAUGUAUUAUAGUUAAAGAUGUUUAGGUGACUCAGAGCACUUGGGUGGCCUCUUAAUAGUUCAAGCGAUUCCAGUUUGACUUGGUAAAUAAUGACUGAAACUGAUUACAGCAGAUUAGUUGAAUAAUCAAAAGAAAAGAGAACCUGCUGGAAGUCUUUGCGUGUGAUAUCUAAUUACAAGACCCUCCAGUCCCAGCUACCUUGCUUUCUGCAAUUUGCUUCUCAUCUUUUGUUCUAUAGUCUCUUUAAACUUAGCAGUUUGGCUGCCCAAUUUUUCUUGUUUCACCCUUGAUUAUUUUUAGCAGAAAUACUUUGGACCAGCCCUAUGAAACAAAAACUGUUGGGGCAUUUGUGGGUAUGUUGCUUGCAAAAUUCAUGUGCUGCAAUUUGUCAGUGUUUUCUGUCUGAUUGCUGCAUUGGCUUUUGCCUGCUUUGUGGAGGAAAGUGACCUCACUCCAGCUCCCACCCCUCUCCACAUUGUCAGUCCGCUGUACAUUUAUGGCUAAUCUUAGAGAAAAUAUUUUGUUUUUAUUAGUCAUUUCCAAACUUCUCUAUAUAAAUGCAACUGGGUGUGGAAAGUAACUUUUCUAUGGACUAUAUCUUGAAACAAGUGUUUCUGCUGCAGAAACAUGGUCCAGAUUUUCAAAGUAAAUUUUUUAUGCAGGUAGUUACUAAUAGAAAGCUCAGCACAAAUAAGAUAUGUAUUUUCUUUUUGAGUUAGGUUAACUCAAGAUUUGAUGAGAAAUCUUAUUAUAAUUCCUUUAAGUAGAUUGCAUUUUGUAAGGGUAUCAACCAGAGCAUCCCUUUGGUGCUCUGUUGUGUUGUAUUCUGAAAAGUAGCUGCAGGACACCACAUAUCUCACGCAAAGGGCAUGUUGUCUUGUGGGGUUUCACCUUGGUUAAAGUUUUUGUUGAAUUUCUUCUGAAUGAAAUAGCAAUUUUGAAAUUAUGUAAUUGCAUAAAAAUACCCCACAAUUUAUGAUGUAAUUCUUAGUGGGAGGUUAGCAUUGAGUCUGAAGGAUACUUUUAUUUCCCUACAUCCAGGAUGAUAGAAUAAAGGAUGUAUUUCGAUCAUAACUGCAGAAUAUUGAAUUGUUAUCCAGUGAAAGAGGAUUGAAUGUGCCUGCUUCUAGCAUUGUCAAUUUGAAGGGAUCUCUUUAAUUCCAGGUGUUUAGAAUAAGGGACUUGGGGACCAGAUAACUCAAGGAACGGAUCGUAUGACUGCGAUCAUGUGUACAAUGCAGUCUAUAACUGUUUGUUAGAUUACACAUAAUCUCCAUUACUGUGUGCUUCUUAAGAUGUGCAAAAGCUGUCAUUAGUGUAGUGUAUAUGAUGAGAGAUAUGCCAAAUGAAUAUUGUAGCUUGCAGAUUUGCAAUGUUGAAUUGUAAGCUUCAAGUUUGCUCUAAGUGAUUCUGUUACCAGUAGAUUCCUUCAUGGUUAGAUACCUUUUGUGUGAGCCAGAAUAUUAUUGUAAGAAAAUGAUUGUUGAAAACUUAGCAUAGUAGUUUCAGCUUCUAAAUAAUUUGUAGUACCUCAUUUGUAGCUACUUCAUGUGAACUUAUUUUUUUCUUUGUGCUUCAGAUGUAUGUUCACUGAUGCUUUCCUUUUUUCAGGUGAUAGUAAAAGUUCAAGACAGUAUAUGAAACAAUUCUUUUAAUUUCAGAAAUUUUAGAGAUGUAGAGGAACAAAAGUCUAUUGGAAACAUUCUGUAGGCUGAUCAAUAUCAAGUAGCUCUGCCUUUUAUGUGAAAUUGUAGAAAUUUCUGGCUACAGUUUGAAGAGGUUUCCAUGCUUUGUCUUUGAUGAAAGAUAUGACAUAAUGUCUUGUUUUUGGAGUUUGUUUGUCUGUGUGAUAUAUGUUUGUGGAUGUUUUGGAAUGUAACUUGUUAAGUGUGGAAGUUUUUAUAUUAUGGAAAGAUCAUAUCCCUGUCCCAAAGUUUGUAUUUGGUCUUUAAAUGGUUCAUUGUCCCCUUUAAGUAGGAUGCAUUGUUUUUGGUGCUCAAAAUUGUGGUGUUUGUAGCUUCUUAGCCUUGAGUUUUGGGGUCUGGCAAAUGUAUGUCCUUCCCACAGGUUUUUUUUGUCAUUCAAUGUAAGUCCCUGUAUUUUUAGCAGAAGUAGGUUGCCAUUCCAUUGGCAAAAUUAUUGUUUUAUUAAUUUUGUAAUGCAUUUCUGAUUUGAGUUGACCAUUUCAAGCCUUGAAUGUUUAUCUUACAUUGAAUUGCAAUUGAGUUUAAAAUAAUUGGUUCAUUCAUAGAAUUCCACUAAAUGCAGAUAAUGUUUUUUACAAUUCAUUUUCCCACAGUCAUUACGUACUACUGUAAGAUUGGUCUGCUUUGACACUGAAUGCAUUGCAUCUUUCUUUUUUCACAGUAUUUGGAACUGUAUUUAGAACUUUAUUGAAUGAGUCGCAUGGUGUAUGUUAUACCAGCAAGUAGGUCUUCUUCACAUCACUUUUUAUCAUUACCAUUCCUAAAAGAUAUAUACAUUUACUGAACAGAAGACUGCAAGUCAAUUUGCAGCAACAACGAAUGUGUAAAUGUGCACCUUUCAUUCCUCUGUAGUGAUAAGUUAAAAAUUGACGAGCUUCUUGUUUCCAAAUUUACAAGUUGGUGUUAUUAGUUGUGCUUUAUGAAGAUUAAAACGAUCAGGCAUUUCGUUUGAUAUAGAAGAUGGAUUAAGCACCCUUGAUUAUUUGAGAAUCUCAUCCUUAGAUUCUUGAGAUUAAGAUCCUUUUAUUGUUGAUUAGUAGUGAAUGUUAGUGACAGUUUAACAUGGUUUUUAUUUCAGUUUAUAGACCUCUAUUACACCCUAUGUGUCUUGUAGAAACAAGUAAAUUUCAGUCACAGGGUCAUAAGUCUAGCUGAAUCCUAGAACUGACUUUCAUGAGGGCUUAGCAAAGAGAAAUUUGACAGGCAGGGGAAAAGUUUCCUUUUGUGGGUAUGAUUCUGCCUGACUGAAAUAUACACGCAUAAAAGUAUGUUGACUUGAACUGUUGCCUUAAAGUAGCCUUUUGCCACAUUCUCAAACAUCACAAGAGUUGUCAACAUUCUUUUUGAUUGCCUUAUGAAUUCUUGGGCCGAAGGGCCUCUGGUUUAUAUGCCAAAUUUGAGGCCUUAACAGACUUUAAGGUCUAUAAUCAUUUCAGGUCUGCUUGAAAAACUGGAGAACAGUUGUUGGAUGAUUUUGUCAAGCAGCUUCUUUGCAAUGCUGAACUCUUGCGAGUUGUCUGAGAAUAACGGUUAGCCUUUGACUUAAAAGAAUGUCAAAUUAUUUAUAAGGGUAUGCUUUAUUUUAAUAUGUUGAGAACAUAUUCUAAUAUUGACGUCUCUGGAAGGUCUUUUGUACGCGAAAUAUUUGCUGUUGUAUUCUUAAUGAAAUUAGCACUUAGUGGUAUGCAGUUAGAAAUAUGAAUCUCAAAUUGAUUUCCUUUACCUUUUGGGAAAGUUACAUGUUGGCUCUAUUAUUCCAUCAGAGUGCAGUUUUACUUAAAAAAAUCAUGGCUGUCUAGUUUGAGGCCAGGUACGUACUUGAUGAUGAUGCAUUCAAUAGUGAACACAGUAUUUUAGGAAAAGAAAUUCUAAUUGUGAGAAAACACUUUGUGGUUGGAAAUACUGGAGACUUUAGCAUUCAGGCAAGCCUUGAAUUUUGAUGUCAUAAAAUUUACAAUAAACAUGGUGACUAUUUCUAAAGAAGUUUAGUUUGUUGAAGUAGGAUUGUGCGAUGAUUUAAAAAAAAAAAAAAAAAAUUUACCUUUUACCAUUUGUUGUAUAUAUGGACAAAAAUACUUUUAUAUGUAUUUUUUUUGUACUACUUUAUCGGUGACAAACUGUUAACCUAUUAUUGGGUUUGGUGACUGUCACCUUCCGUUUAUAGCCAGGCUAAUGGAUUCUCUUCCAUCUUUUGUUUUGUCAAAGUUGUAUAAUUCCAUUCAUUUUAAGAGUAGUGUUUAGCCUGUCCUUUGAGGCUAGCUUAUUACUCUACUAUUAUUCUUCAUUUUUCUUCAAGUCUUCAUUUUUAAAUUAUUUUCAUAUCCUCUUGAUUUCUUCAGGAAUUGUCACCAUAAAUGUAUAACAUGAUUACUGUCUACAGGUACUGUACUAAUUUUCAGCUGGAGCAUAAAGACACGCUGAGUAUCAGGUGCAACUGUGACAUCACUCUUUCUUUUAAAUUGUACAUGCCUAGAAUUUGUUUAUUGUGCUUGAAAGGCUUUGUAGUCAUUGCCAUAUAUGGUUCCUUAAUGUCGUUAUCUUUGCUAGUAUGAGAUGUGUAAUGUAUGGGGAUAUUCACUGCCAUUCAACGUAGUUUUUACAGAAGGGUCGUUAGAGCUGACUUACAUGGUUGUGGACCUUUCAUCAAACAAUAUUAUUUUCUCCUAAGUUUGUUUUAUCAUAUAGUUUUACUAAGUGAGAGCCAUACACUGAUGUUCAUCACUUGGGGGUGGGUUGUUUAAUUUUAAUGCUUAUUUCAGCUGGGUUGUAUGUUUCAGGACUGUAUUUUGUCCACUGAGGGUGUGGGAAUUUGUUGUAAAGGUAAUGUUUGUUACUGAGAACUUUGUCACUUUGCAUUCUCAAGUUUUCAGUAUAAGAAGGAUACAGAGAUAUGUUGGUCAAAAUUCCUUAUGUGAAUGGUAUUUGUAACAUUAGGGCUUUAGAAAUUGAGUUUACAUGUUUAUUAUGGUAACCACACUGUCAUUUUGAGGAAUAUUUCAGAAGCAGCUUUAUAUCCAUAUGAUGGUUUUUUUCAAUUUAAAAUAUAAAAGUACUUUACUGUAAGUGAAGUCCUGUGUUACACAGUAAUACUGCUUUACAUUCUCAUUGUUUGUGCUAAGAAUGCUAAUGCUUAUUGUAGGAAGUGCUGUGUCUGUAAACUUCCUGAGCAGUUAUAUAACAAAGUUAGUCGGGGUUAUAUUUGAAUGAGUUACAAUAACAUAUUUGUCUUGUUGAUCUAAGUACUGUAGUAUUGUGAUUGUGUUAGCUAUUAGAGCCAUGAUAAUUUUGAAGGGUUUUAAACACAGUACUUAGCAUAUGAAACAGGAGCCUUUAAAUAUGUCAGGAUAGUGCAAGUGAAGAAGAAUAGUAUUUGUGCUAUCAUUAAUACAAACAGAUUAAGAGUUCUGAUGAAUUAACUUGAUCAUAGUAUCCUUGCUGUCUAAGGUGUUAUAUCAAAAUGUGCUUUCGGAUACUAAAUUGCAGUUGUUCGGACUGUACUGUACUAUUACGUUAUAGACCUAGGUUAUAGGUGCUAGCCAGUUUUUGAUGUGGCAGAAUCCCCUUUUUAUGUAUUUACUGUUACUGGUGAAACGUCAAAUCAGGAUUUGAUGUGUAGAUGCAGAUGUGUUUCUGUAACUUAAGAAGUAUAUCGUUUAGUUUUACCUUUAGGUUUUGCCAUUCCACGCUGUAUUGUCUUAAGAACCUUGUGUGUCUUAUAGCAAGAGAUGUCUGUUUCUUGCUCAUCACUCAGCAACUAUUGACUUUUUAUUUUAUUAUUUUUUUUUUUACAUAUGGUCAGCACUAUGUGAAAGUGCCAUAUAACGUUAUAUCCUAUAUAUUCAUGAAAAGUCCCAUGAUUGACUAUUUCUGUUUGCUUAUUCAAUUUGGUCAGUGGCAAUAUUUCAUGUUGAUAUCAUUUAUCAGUUUCAUUAUAAGAUCUUAUAACAUUUUG